GGAGCGUUCAAGCCUCAAGCCUAAAGUGAAGGAGAGGGAGGGAGGAAUGGUGAUGAAGGGGCGAGGGCGGGAAUCAAGGCCUGUCCGUACUCUUCUGAAACCAGUACACGACAGUCAACAGUGACGCCAGCAAACCCACGAAUACGCCCCCACGCUCCCCCACACACACACUCUCUCCCUCUCUCUCAGCUCCCUAAAUCAAGGCUCCAAUUUUCAUGUGUGACUCGACGCCUCCUGAUAAACCCUAGAAUCUCAAGUUUUUCCCAAAAUCACUCUCUCGCUUCUGCAGAUACCUUCGAGUGAGUGAAAAAUGGUGGUGAAAUCUGCUGAAGGAGGCGCUGACGCUGCAGACCCACAUUCCAAAAACGAGAUUUCUUCGCCGCCGCGAAGGAGAACUAGUUCUCGCCUUAAGGGCAAAGAGAAACCCCAGAAGCAACUCCUGAUCCGCAAAAGAGUUGCAUUACUUGAUGAGCACAGAGACGGAGGAGAGCAAGACGGAGGGGGAGACGGAGGUAGCCUCAGCAAAAGACCCAAUGUCGACGGUGGAAAAAGCUCCCAUGCUAAAAAUGAGGCUGGCGACGCCGGCUCUAACGGUGGUUUAGAAGACGGAGCCAGCAAACCCACUGAUUCUUCGGUUGAGAAGAGCGACCAUGCUAAGGUCAAAGAGACCCUCAGGCUGUUCAACAAGCAUUACCUUUAUUUCGUACAGGAAGAAGAAAUGAGGUGCAGAAAAGUGGAGGCUGAUAAGAAGGCCUCCAAAUCCGCAAAAAAGGGCUCGAAAUCUUCGAAAAAAUCUAAGAAAGAGGCUUCCCCGCCAGAGGCAAAGGCGUCAAAACGACCUGAUUUGAAGGCAGUAUCCAAGAUGAUGGAGAGAAAAGAAAUUUUGAAUGCCACUAAAAGAAUCGGAAGCAUUCCAGGUAUUGAUGUUGGGCAUCAGUUCUAUUCUCGGGCUGAAAUGGUUGCUGUUGGUUUUCAUAGCCACUGGCUGAAUGGGAUUGACUAUAUGGGGCAAAACUACGGCAAAGGGGAGUACAGUAACUACACAUUUCCACUCGCAGUGGCCAUUGUUAUAUCUGGCAUGUAUGAGGAUGAUUUGGAUAAUGCUGAGGAUGUUGUGUAUACUGGCCAAGGUGGUCAUAAUUUGACAGGUGAUAAGCGUCAAAUUCGAGACCAAGUUCUAGAACGUGGUAAUUUAGCGCUCAAGAAUUGUGUGGACCAAUGUGUACCUGUUAGAGUAGUUCGUGGGCAUGAUUGUAAAAGUAGUUAUGUUGGCAAAGUUUACACUUACGAUGGUUUGUACAAGGUUGUUCAGUAUUGGGCAGAGAAGGGUCUUUCUGGAUUUACUGUUUUUAAGUAUCGUCUUAGGCGUAUUGAAGGGCAGCCAGUGUUGACCACUAACCAGGUUCAAUUUAUCAAUGGACGUGUACCGCAGUCUGUAGCAGAAAUACGCGGAUUGGUGUGUGAGGACAUCAGUGGGGGCCAAGAGGAUGUUCCCAUUCCGGCUACCAAUUUGGUUGAUGAUCCACCUGUUGCACCCACAGGUUUCACGUAUUGUAAGUCUAUCCAAGUUGCACAAAAUGUGAAGCUUCCCACAGAUGCCACUGGAUGCAAUUGCAAAGGUUCUUGCACAGACCCCAAGACUUGUGCAUGCACCAUGCUUAAUGGCGAUGAUUUCCCAUAUGUGCAGCGUGAUGGUGGCAGAUUAAUUGAGGCGAAGGAUGUAGUGUUUGAAUGUGGUCCAAAAUGUGGUUGUGGACUUUCUUGCAUCAAUCGUACUUCUCAGAGAGGGCUGAAGUAUCGUUUUGAGGUUUUCCGGACACCAAUGAAGGGAUGGGCUGUUAGAUCAUGGGAUUUUAUACCUUCUGGAGCACCAGUCUGCGAGUACAUAGGAGUAAUUAGAAGGACAGAAGAUGUAGAUAGUGCCUUAGAGAACUAUUACAUAUUUGACAUGGAUUGCUUGCAAACGAUGAAGGGGCUGGAUGGAAGAGAGAGGCGAUCACAAGCUGUAUCCAUACCAGCAGUUCAUUCACUGGAGAGACCUGAUGAUCAGAGCUCUGAUAGCGGGCCAGAGUUCUGCAUUGAUGCAGGUUCAAGUGGAAACAUAGCAAGAUUUAUAAAUCACAGUUGUGAGCCUAAUCUGUUUGUCCAGUCUGUGUUGAGCUCACACCACGACUUAAAACUAGCUCGGGUGAUGCUGUUUGCUGCGGACAACAUACCUCCUCUGCAGGAGCUCACAUAUGACUAUGGCUAUGCCCUUGAUAGUGUCAUGGGUCCCGAUGGGAAAGUGAAAAAGAUGUUCUGCCAUUGUGGUGCCACAGGUUGCAGGAAGCGCUUGUUCUAGGUGAUGAAACUGUUAUUUAGGCUCUUGACUUUGCAACAACUCCAGGUUGUGGGUUUAUUGUUGUAUUGUUCUGUAAUUCCGUCGGCUGAUCUAACCUCUAUGCUUUGGGAGAUUGUGCUUCAAAUGCACAGAAAAGGCACAUGUCAAACCAUGGACACAUUUUGUAACUCACAUGUCAAGAGAGAAAAUUGAAUUGAAAUUCAGUAUUUCGGUCAAAAACUAGGAACCUUGCAUUCACCCCCGUUCCCCGUCUGCUCUUUUGGGCAUAUAUAGUGGAAUGGGAUGGGGUAACGAUGCAUUCUACUCAUCUAAUAUAUCAUCGAUCCAUAUUUCCUAUGUCA